CAUCAUCUCUCCCUUUCGCUCAUUCCACUCACUCUUCACAGCACUGCUCCUCCUCCUCCGGCCAGAAGAUCAGCCACGCAAUGGGCGCUGGCAGGGCAAUGGUUGCGGUGGUGGUGCUCUUCGCGGUGACCUCGGUUGCAGCUCAGGACGCUCCGCCAGGGGCGCCGAGUGCGGGGGCGGGAUGCCUAACGGCGCUGGUGAACGUAUCUGACUGCCUUACGUACGUGGAGGAAGGGAGCAACCUGACGGCGCCGGCAAGGGCGUGCUGCCCGGAGCUGGCGGGGCUGGUGGAGAGCAACCUCACUUGCCUCUGCGAGCUGCUCGGCCGAGCCGACAGCCUCAUGGUUCAUAUCAACGUCAGCAGGAUGAUGGAUCUUCCCUCCGCCUGCGACAUUAGCACUCCUCCGUCCACUCUCUGCUCUGCUGCCAGAGCUCCGGGAUGGGAUCAUGCGCCGUCCGACGUAGAGCCCAUUGCACCAGGAACUUCAUCGUCAUUAUCCGGGCCCGAGACGAAUGGCAACAAUGGAGCUCGAAGGACCGGUACUGCUCUCUCGGCUCUGUCUAUAGUUGCAGGGGCCCUUCCGGCAUUCUUCUUAGCUUCCUAAGGUUUUACAGGGCCAUUUUUCACACGACAAGAACUCUUGAGUAACGGCUGUGCUUAAUAGUUUGUCGUAAGCUCAUAUGUGAUUCGUCGAUUUAAGAAGGAGGUUGAGUGGUUCUUCCAUCUUGUUUGCA